CCAGGAUGCGCCGGAAACGCAGCGUUGCUCCUGAGCCGGCAGGGAAGACGCCGUGUGGGGUUGGAGGCUGGGCGAAGCGUCGUCCCGGCCGAGCAUCUUCUGUCAGCGCGCUUGGCGGCCUGCUGCCGACAAUGUCCGCCUCCUCCGAAGAGGGAUCGACUGUCGAGGAAAGUGAGGAUCUCACUACCAGCAUGAACUUGAUGGACUUCUCGGAUGAGAUCCUCUUGCACAUCCUGAGAUACAUCCCAGUUUCUGAUCUUGUCCUCAGCAUCCGGAGAGUGUGCAGGAAACUUGCAGUUCUCAGUCUUGACAAAAGCCUCACCCACCUGGUGAUCCUGCACAAGGACUACCAGGUGGACAAAGACAAGGUAAAGCAGCUAAUGAGGGAGAUCGGAAAGGAGAUUCAUGAGCUGAACGUGGCUGGCUGUUAUUGGCUGCCUGGCUCUACCGUUGACCAGGUGAUCCACUGCAAGAACCUGGUGAGACUGAACUUGUCCGGCUGCCACCUAACUUCCCUCCGCCUCUCCAAGAUGCUGUCUGCCUUGCAGCACCUCCGCUCAUUGACCAUCGAUGUCAGCCCUGGCUUUGACUCCUCCCACUUGAGUAGUGAGUGCAAAGCCACGCUGAGCCGUGUGCUGGAGCUCAAGCAGACUCUCUACACUCCCUCCUAUGGGGUUGUUCCCUGCUGCACCAGCCUCGAAAAGCUCCUCCUGUAUUUUGAGAUCCUCGACAGGUCACGGUUCAUCCUCUCCGGCCAGCUGAUGGUAGGCGAGAGCAACGUGCCCCACUACCAGAACCUACGGGUCUUCUACGCUCGGCUUGCCCCUGGGCUGGUCAACCAGGAGGUGGUGAGGCUUUACUUGGCGGUGCUGAGUGAUCGGACACCAGAGAAGCUCCACGCCUUCCUCAUUUCUGCCCCUGGUGGCUUUGCCGAGAGUUGCACCGUCAAAAACCUUUUGGACUCCAUGGCCCGGAAUGUGACAUUGGAUGCCCUGCAGCUCCCCCGGUCUUGGAUGAAUGGCUCCAGCCUCCUCCAGCACUUGAAGUUCAGCAACCCUGUCUACUUCAGCUUCAGUCGCUGCAGUUUAUCCGGCGGCCAGCUUGUCCAGAGGGUCCUCAACAGUGGCAAAGACCUCCGCAGCUUGGUUGGCCUGAACCUCAGUGGCUGUGUCCACUGCCUCUCUCCUGGCUCCUUGCUGCGGAAGGCAGAAGAUGACAUUGACAGCGGCAUUGUGGAGACUCUUGUCAGCUCCUGCUGCAACCUUCGGCACUUGAAUCUCUCUGCCGCCCACCACCAUAGCACUGAAAACCUGGGCAAGCAUUUGUGCCAGAUCCUCAGCCGUCUGAAGUGCCUCUUGUCUCUGGCACUGCCUGUCUGUUCCAUUGCUGAUGUUUCCGUGGCAGACAAGCCCUCUGUGCAGCCCGCAAGUGGCGCAGCAUCACAAGGUUUUGGGAAGAAAGUCCGGAUCGGGGUGCAGACUUACGCCAGGAACUUCCAGGAGGAGGGGAAUUCCAGGCCCUCAUCCUCCGUGUUUUGGAGUCUCCUAGAAGGCAUUCCAUAUCUGGAAAGACUGGAGCUGAUUGGGUCCAGUUUUUCCUCGGCCAUGCCCAGGAACGAGCCAGCUAUUAGGAACUCGCUGCCUCCCUGCAGCCGGGCACAGCUUGUGGGUGAUGCAGAAGUGGCUGCCAUCGGGCAGCUGGCUUUUUUACAGAGCCUCACAUUGGCGCAGCUGCCCAACAUCCUCACAGGCUCUGGGCUGAUUAGCAUUGGGGCCCGGUGCCAACAUCUGCGGACCCUUUCCUUGGCUAAUCUGGGCAUGAUGGGCAAAGUGGCAUACAUGGCAGCCCUCAUGGACAUGCUAAAACACUGCAGAUGUCUGCGAGAUCUCAGGCUUGAGCAGCCCUAUUUCAAUGCCAACGCCCAGUUCUUCCAGGCCCUGAGCCACUGUUCGUCUCUCCAGCGCCUGUGCAUCAUCUCCAGGAGGGGGACGCUGCAGCCGGAUGCCGUCAUGGCCUUCAUGACCACUUGUCUCGAGGUUAUCAUGUGCCACAUGUUUACAGGAGAAUCCCUGACGGUUUGCAAGAAUCUUCAGCAGUCCCUGAUAUGGAGUUUCCAGGCUGAGCGACCCGCAUUAAACAUCGUUAUCUUCCCUCUCCUCCACGAGGACUUGACAGAAGUCAUCCGAGACGUCCCCAUGAUGCAUUUGGACGAAAUUACCUUGUUCAAAAGCCGCGUGGCUGAGGAGCCGCCAAACCUGUGGUGGUGACCACACCCGGACAGAAGGGGGUCUUUGGAAUAAGCCUGCGGGAGCAGCAGCUUCUCAUUGGCUGGGAUUCCGUUUCUGAGCUGUGUGGCUACUUUAUCGGGCGCUGUGCAAUUGGGAGGCAAGUCUGCCUGGACGUGGAGUGGAUCAAGUGGAUCCUUUGAACAAAACUUGGCCUUGGAUUUCUGAUAUUUAUUUGUUUUAAUUUCUAGCCCAUCACCCUCGCUGGGCCUUGUGGUGGAUUAUAUUUGGGAAAGGGUCAUGCCUUCUGGUUGAUUUCCUUGCUAUUAUGUUAGAUUCUGAGUAACUUUAACCAUGGCUAAAUGCCUCUUUCUUAACUUGAAUGAACGCAGCUGUUCUUUUUCCUGCUCCCUCCAUUGUCACUGGGCUUUUCUCUUACAGUGACCGUUCUUCUCUGGAGUGUCUUAAGCAGCCUUGUGAAUGCAAGCUGGGGGUAUCUCUCUACCUUAUUUAUUGCAGAGGUUCAUGUGUUCCCAUGGUACCCAACCACAGCCCCCUAUCUGUCAGCCCACGUGGCUUCAGAGGGGCAGGUGUGCAGCUGUGGCAUGUUAUGCUGCAUGCCAAGUAAGCUAUCAGCUUUUAGUUCUAUAUGGGCAGUCCCUGUAUAUUGUGGCACUGGUGUCCUGGAGAGGUCAGCCGCCGAGUGUCAUUGGCUGGCCCUCAAGAGUUUUAUGGCCAUACCACCCUGAACACGCCCUAUCUCAGAAGCUAAACAGGGUCAGGCCUGAUUAAUACUUGGAUGGAAGAGUUUUGAUGUGGCGUUAAUGUCCUCCUAGUAAAAGUAGUCCUAGAAAUGAGUUACUGGAAAGAAGAAGGUGAAGGCACAGAACUGACAAGGUUUCUUUCUGUCUGUUGAAUCCCUUCUUUCCUGUCCUGCUCUGUUUUUGUUUCAAGUAGCCAGCCAUGUGUACCUCCUGUUCAUUCAGGGUGAAAGCAGUUGCAGGGGUGGGGGCUUGCUCAGGAGAACUUCCCUAAGACUGCCCAGCGCAUCUGUGGCUUUCCUGCCUUUCUAUAAAAAGCUUGGAAUGAUACAGCUCCCCUCCCCCAGACGAGUCUGUCUUACAGGAGGGGCUGGAAUUCCAAGUCCCCCAAAUGGCAGCUGUGGAUUGCUCCUCCAUGGUUCACAGCCCAGACUAGGUAUCUUCUCUGACAGGCUUUCCCCAAAGCAUAUUGUAUGUCCACAGAUCCAUGGUGCUUGAGACCAUGGCUUGGCGAAAUGUACCUCCCAUCUUGCUGCAUGGCUGUUCUACCAUUACCUCGUAUGAUGCAGCCGUUGUCAUCUCUUAAAGACAUUACUAUCCUUUCCAUGUCCCUGGGUGAAAGGGGCACUUCAGCAGCAGCAUUACAGCAUUGAGCACUGUAAGUCCAGCGACUGCAGCCCCAUCGCAGCUGGCGUUUUGUUCCACGGACACGGAUUAGAAUUUCUGAAUAUGCUCCACAAAGGCAUGGGUUGCAAUGGAGCCAUAUGGCAAAAAGUGGAUUUUUCCUUCUGUUUUUUCUCAAUGACUUGCUUCCAUUACUCUGUGCUUGACAUAAUGAGCCAGCGUAUGUGUAACUGUGUGUGUAUGUUUUUUUUUAAAUUGUAUGACACUGGUAUCACUGUUCAUUGAAUUUUCAGUGCACUGGCUUACCCAUCCAAUGGCAUAUAAACAUUUCUAUACACACCUUUGCUAUACUAGCACCUUUUUUUAAAAAAGUGGUGGGUGGAGGCCAAUUGCUCGUGUAAGCUCUUUGUAGACUCUUUUUUUCUUGGUAGCCUUCCCUGGUGCAUGGAAUAGACCUUUCCCUUCCAGGAGAUCUCCA